UCAGUUUCGCCCAAUGAAAAAACAAGAGGAGGAGGACAGAAGGCGGGUCAGUGACGUAAUGCGGGCUGAUUGGCAUGCAGGCCUUGGACGUCCAGGAUUAGCCACGCAUUUCGCCAAUCCAGAGGCAGGGGAGGGACGGUGCAGGCGCAGAGAAUUGGGUUUGGCUGGCCUCGAUUUAAAGAGACAGAAGCUGUCGGGGUCCUGGAAGACGGUCCCCAAUACCCUCCCCCCAAGUCCUUGGGACCACUUGGGUCCCCAGAGCUGGGGAGAUGGUUUGCGGCGGCUUUGCCUGCUCCAAGAAUGCGCUUUGCGCUCUCAACGUGGUCUACAUGCUGGUGAGCUUGUUGCUCAUUGGAGUGGCUGCUUGGGGCAAGGGCCUGGGUCUGGUGUCCAGCAUCCACAUCAUCGGCGGAGUCAUUGCUGUGGGAGUCUUCCUUCUCCUUAUCGCAGUGGCUGGACUGGUGGGUGCUGUCAACCACCACCAAGUCCUGCUGUUCUUUUACAUGAUCAUCCUUGGUUUGGUCUUCAUCUUCCAAUUUGUAAUCUCUUGCUCAUGUCUGGCUAUUAACCGAAGCAAACAGACAGAUGUCAUCAAUGCUUCUUGGUGGGUCAUGAGCAACAAGACUCGGGAUGAACUGGAAAGAAGUUUUGAUUGUUGUGGCUUAUUCAACCUCACAACCCUGUACCAACAAGAUUAUGAUUUCUGCACUGCAAUCUGCAAGAACCAGAGCCCCACAUGCCAGAUGUGUGGAGAAAAGUUUCUUAAGCAUUCAGAUGAAGCCCUGAAAAUCCUAGGGGGUGUUGGACUCUUCUUUAGCUUUACAGAGAUCCUUGGUGUUUGGCUAGCAAUGAGAUUUCGGAAUCAGAAGGAUCCUAGAGCCAACCCCAGUGCCUUUCUAUGAGACUUUGGAUCCUUCUGACUUCUUUUCUGCUCUAAGCUUUCUCUUCCUCCCUUAGGGAAUAUCUAGGGUCUGUAACCAUUUUGGUUUGAGAAAAAGGAAAGGCCCCUUGUCAAAUCCUCUAAAAUUGAUGGAAUAGCAAGACUUUAUGGCUUGACAUAUUUUAGUGGGAGCCAGACUAUAAGGAAUAAAAGGAAAAACUUUCUCCCUCUCUCUCCAAGAGGAUAUGGGAAGCUUCUGAGGGUACAUAGGAUAGGCUGGAGUCAUUCUUAGCUGUUUCCCCUCCUCUGUCCAUAUGCUGGAUCACCUCAACAUACUCUGGGGUGUGGCUCUAAGGGUAAAUCAGGGACAGAGCCAAGGAGAAAACCACCAAGAGCUCUUUCCUGUAAUAAGCAGGACCCAGUUUGAGAAAGUUCAGUGAAUAUAAAAAAGCCAUUUAAAAAUCUAUAUAUAUAUAUAUAUAUUUUUUGACAUUGAGUCUUGCUCUGUUGCCCAGGCUGGAGUGCAAUGGCAUGAUCUCAGCUCACUGCAACCUCUGCCUCCCGCGUUCAAGCGAUUCUCCUGCCUCAAUCUCCCAAGUAGCUGGGAUUACAGGUGUGCGCCACCACGCCCGGCUAAUUUUGUAUUUUUAGUAGAGACAGGGUUUCACCAUGUUAGUCAGGCUGGUCUCGAACUCCUGACCUCAGGUGAUCCACCCGCGUUGGCCUCCCAAAGUGCUGAGAUUAUAGGUGUGAGCCACCGUGCCCCGCCCUAAAAUCCAUAUUCAAAGAAGCAAUUUCUGUUCCUUUCUAAGCUUUGUCAGUCAAGGGGCUCCACUGACUUGCUAGGCCCUGUAACUUAACCAGUCUUUAAGGUUUUGCAGGAAAGUCCCUUCUUCCAAGUGGUUAUUCCAAAUCGCACAAUGGCAAAGCCAAACAGAGGAAGAAACAUUAAAAAAAAAAAAAAAAAGACCAUUAUUUCUUUGUUUUGUUUUUCCUGUAUAAAAAAGGACCCCAAAUAUAAAGGUAGGGAGAGGGACAAGUGGGAACAUACCCCUUAGUGUAGAGAAAUAGUGGGGCAGGAGAAGGAGAAGCCUCAAAAGGAGAGGUAGGAGGGAAAUGUUAAGGCAGCAAAGUAAUCUCUGUAGAAAGAUGGAGGAGGAGCCUCCACAGCCUCAGAGAUAAAGGCAAAGAUUGCCCUCUCAGUGUCCAGAAGGGAAAUGGCAGCUUUUCUUCCUUCCAUGGCAGCCACUCCAUUGCUCACUCCGGAUUACCUUCAUCCUUAUGUAGAUAAGAGUGCUGCAGAGCUCGAAAGGCAGAGAUUCGCUUGUGUGGGUUAAAAGUCAGCAUUUCCUGAGGGGAGAGCCAAAGGUCAGAAAACCAUGAAGAAAACUGAGAGAGACUUCUACCCACCCAUGACAAUACCUGGGAUGAGCUCUCUUCUUUUCUUUCUUUUUUUUUUUUUUUGAGACAGAGUCUUGCUCUGUUGCCCAGGCUGGAGUGCAAUGGUAUGAUCUCAGCUCACUGCAACCUCUGCCUCCAGAGUUCAAGUGAUUCUCCUGCCUCAGCCUCCCAAGUAGCUGGGAUUACAGGCGUGCACCACCACGCCCGGCUUAUUUUUGCAUUUUUAGUAGAGACAAGGUUUCAACACGUUGGCCAGGCUGGUCUCCCAACUUCUGACUUCAGGUGAUCUGCCCACCUUGGCCUCCCAAAGUGCUGGGAUUACAGGCGUGAGCCACCACGCCCAGCCAGGAUGGGUUCUCUUCCACAUCCCUCUCUGUGGGUGGCCAUCUGCAGCUGUAAUAAAAACUACAGCCCAUCUACCAACCAAGUUUCAUUAACCACAGUGGCCAGGGCCCUGCACACUGCUCUAUUUCUUUCCCCAGUCUCUCCCUAUGCCCACAGCCAUCUCCAGUACCAGCAGCAGCUGUGCUCCCGACUCCUCCAUCUCAGGUACCACCGACUGCACUGGGCGGGGCCCUCUGGGGGGAAAGGCUCCACGGGGCAGGGAUACAUCUCGAGGCCAGUCAUCCUCUGGAGGCAGCCCAAUCAGGCUGUGGGGGACAGGAGAACUCUGGUCAGGAGGGUCCUCCAGUUCCCAUCCCCAUGGGCAGAGCCAGUUGCCAUCCUGGGCUUAGCAGAAAGAGGACUGAGAAUAGAAAAUCUUUUUCUCCCACGUUGGUCACUUACUCAAAGAUUUUGCCCAACUGGUCAGCUUCAGAGUUUCCACAGAAGAGAGGCCUAAGGUGAGAAGGGACAUAAGGUAGCAGUCAUUUUCAAAGAUAUCUUAGUUGAAUGGUUACUGCUUAGUGGCCCAAAAUAGAAAGCACAGGGAAUAAAGGUCGAUAAUUCCAGCACUUUGGGAUGCUAAGGUGAGAGGACUGCUUGAGCCCAGGAGUUCCAGAUCAGCCUGGGCAAGCAAGACCUUGUCUCUUAAAAAAAAAAAAAAAAAAAAAAAAA